AAGCUUGCAGCAGAUUGUAGAAGGAUUUGAGUCUGCAGCCAGAGAGAAGGGGAUUAGGGCCAGAGCGGUGCAAGUUAAAUUGUGCUGCAUAUAAAAAAUGGGCGGAUUGGUCUCCAGAUCCAGAGGCUGGUACCACCUUCCUUUCUAAAAUAAAAUCUCUCUGGCAUGAAGUCACCGCCUAUUUCACAUCCGGUUUGCCCUGGGACGUAUUACUACUGUCUUGGUAAAGAGAAAUCUUUUGUUGUAUAGCUGCAGAUCGGAUACUGGGAAGCAAAUUUGGGUGUGAAAUCUUCAGCAAAGGAGCACGCAGAGUCCAUGAUGGCUCAGACCGAGUGAGUGAGAGGCAGAGCGAGGACGCUCCUCCGCUCCCGGCGCGCCCGGACUCGCGGACUCGCGCUGGCUCCAGGCUCUCCGCGAUUUUCUCUCGCACACUUUUCCCGGGUCUUGAGCGAUCCUGUGCCCAGAGGGGGCCCGAGCUCCACAAGCCCGCGAUGAAGAAAAGUCUGGGUCUCUCUGACUAUCUUUGGGCCUGGACCCUCCUUCUGAGCACAUUGACUGGAAGAAGCUAUGGACAACCCUCAUUACAAGAUGAACUUAAAGACAACACCACUGUCUUCACCAGGAUUUUGGACCGACUCCUCGAUGGUUAUGACAAUCGUCUGAGACCAGGAUUGGGAGAGCGUGUAACUGAAGUGAAGACUGACAUCUUCGUCACCAGUUUUGGACCUGUUUCAGACCAUGAUAUGGAAUAUACAAUAGAUGUAUUUUUCCGUCAAAGCUGGAAGGAUGAAAGAUUAAAAUUUAAAGGACCCAUGACAGUUCUCCGGUUGAAUAACCUAAUGGCAAGUAAGAUCUGGACUCCGGAUACCUUUUUUCACAAUGGAAAGAAGUCAGUGGCACACAACAUGACCAUGCCAAACAAACUCCUGAGGAUCACAGAGGAUGGCACCUUGUUGUACACCAUGAGGCUGACGGUGAGAGCUGAGUGUCCAAUGCAUUUGGAGGACUUCCCUAUGGAUGCACAUGCCUGCCCACUAAAAUUUGGAAGCUAUGCCUACACCAGAGCAGAAGUUGUUUAUGAGUGGACAAGAGAGCCAGCACGCUCAGUGGUUGUAGCAGAAGAUGGGUCACGCCUAAACCAGUAUGAUCUUCUUGGGCAAACAGUAGAUUCUGGAAUUGUUCAGUCUAGUACAGGAGAAUAUGUUGUUAUGACCACUCAUUUCCACCUGAAGAGAAAGAUUGGCUAUUUUGUUAUUCAAACAUACCUGCCAUGCAUAAUGACAGUCAUUCUCUCCCAAGUCUCGUUCUGGCUCAACAGAGAGUCUGUACCAGCGAGGACUGUCUUUGGAGUAACAACUGUGCUCACCAUGACAACUUUGAGCAUCAGUGCCAGAAAUUCCCUUCCUAAGGUGGCUUACGCCACUGCUAUGGAUUGGUUCAUUGCAGUGUGCUACGCCUUUGUGUUCUCAGCUCUGAUCGAGUUUGCCACGGUCAAUUAUUUCACCAAGAGAGGUUAUGCAUGGGAUGGCAAAAGUGUGGUUCCAGAAAAGCCAAAGAAAGUGAAGGAUCCUCUCAUUAAGAAAAACAACACUUAUGCACCAACAGCAACCAGCUACACCCCCAAUUUGGCCAGGGGUGACCCCGGCUUAGCUACGAUUGCUAAAAGUGCAACCAUAGAACCAAAAGAAGUCAAGCCGGAAACAAAACCACCAGAACCCAAGAAAACCUUUAACAGUGUCAGCAAAAUUGACCGACUGUCAAGAAUAGCUUUCCCACUGCUAUUUGGAAUCUUUAACUUGGUCUAUUGGGCUACAUAUUUAAACAGAGAGCCUCAGCUAAAAGCUCCCACCCCACAUCAAUAGGUCCUUUCAUUCACAUUCUGUUGUUCAGUCCUCUGCACUGGGAAUUGCUUUCUGUUCUCAACACAGUGAUUUCCACCUGCUUUAUUGCCUCUGUCUUAAAGAAUUUGAAGGUUUCCUUAUUCCAUAAUUCAUACAAG